AUGCGAGCCACACCCCUCCUUCGCAAUGCACCUGCUACCGCAUCUGCGGCUCUCCGAGAGCGAGUUCGUCGACCAGCUUAUCUGAGCAAACUCGCUCAUCCGAAGGAUUUGGCUCCGCUUUUCAAGAACGAUGACUAUAUUGGAUGGUCUGGGUUCACUGGAGUCGGGUAUCCCAAAACUGUCCCGACGGCAAUGGCUGACUUGGCAGAAGAGAGCAAAAUGCAAGAAAACCCUGAAACAAAGAAAAAGUUCAACCUCUUCGUGGGCGCUUCUGUCGGGCCUGAGGUUGAAGAUCGCUGGGCAUCCCUGGACAUGAUUGCUCGUCGAUACCCACAUCAAGUCGGAAAAGAGGUUUCAAAGGGCAUCAAUGCCGGUCGGAUUGAAUUCGCCGACAAGCAUCUUUCCAUGUUCCCUCAGGACUUGACUUACGGUUAUUACAGCCUCAAAAAGAAGCAUGGAGAUCCGAAGAAACCACUCGACUGGGCCAUCGUGGAGGCGACGGCAAUCACAGAAGAUGGGAGUAUCAUUCCCGGUGCAUCGGUGGGUGCUACCCCGGAAAUAGUACAGAGCGCGGAAAAGAUUAUUAUUGAAGUUAAUACCCACAUUCCCUGCCUUGAGGGGCUACAUGACAUCAACCACUCUUUCACGCCGCCGAACCGACAACCCUACCUCGUCACAAACCCUAUGAACCGGAUAGGUCUCACAUCCAUCCCCAUCGACCCCGAUCGCGUAGUUGCCAUCGUUGAGUCCCGCGUGCCCGACAACACGGGCAAGAACGCGCCUGAGAACGAUGAAAGUCGCGCCAUUGCAGCCCAUCUGAUCAACUUCUUGUCGGAGGAGGUUGCUGCUGGUCGUCUCCCCAAGUCUCUUCUCCCUCUUCAAUCAGGCAUUGGUAACGUUGCCAAUUCUAUCAUUGGUGGUUUGGCGGAUGGUCCUUUCGAGCAAGUGCAAGUUUGGACUGAGGUAUUGCAAGAUACCUUUAUUCGUUUCUUCGACUCUGGGAAGCUUCAGUUCGCCACUGCGACCAGUAUCCGUUUCUCGCCCGAGGGCUUCGACCACUUCUAUGCCAACUGGGCCCAAUACAAAGACCGUCUUCUCUUACGCUCCCAACAAGUUGCGAAUGCCCCCGAGAUCAUCCGCCGUCUCGGAGUCAUCGCCAUGAAUACCCCACUCGAAGUCGACAUCUACGCCCACGCCAACUCCACGAACGCUCUUGGUUCAAGAAUGUUGAACGGUCUCGGUGGCUCAGGCGACUUCCUUCGUAACGCUAAACUCUCCAUCAUGCAUACCCCUUCGGCCCGACCAACCAAGACGGACCCGACAGGGAUCAGCUGCAUCGUUCCCUUCGCAUCUCACGUCGACCACACUGAGCACGAUCUAGACAUCAUCGUCACCGAGCAAGGUCUCGCGGACCUCCGUGGCUUAUCGCCACGCGAGCGUGCGCCGGUCAUCAUUGAGAAAUGCGCGCACCCGGAUUAUAAGGAUAUGUUGCAUGAGUAUUAUGAGCGCUCGUUAAAGGAAUGUCUGGCUAGGGGGGCUGGUCAUGAGCCGCAUAUGCUGAGGAAUGCGUUCAAGUUCCAUACGAAUUUGAUGGAGAAGGGUACGAUGAAGAUCUCGAAAUGGGAUUGA